UUGUGUCCGCGCCGCCCCACUCUAACCAUACUUACGCCUCUUCUGAGCCACGUGGUGCUAAAUUUAAGAAAGAACGCACAGAGCCAGAUGAUCUCUUUUGUGAGGAAAAGAUGCUGAUUAUUGAUGGAGAGACUGAAGAGAAGUUGUGUCACUACCAUUACCGCGCCACCACCACCACCGCUGUCUAGCUAGAUGGGAGGCUCGAGGACGUCGCCUCAGAUCGGAGGUGGCGGCAUUUAAGUUCAGAUUUCAGUCGGUACCCGCGACUUACGCAGUACGAGUUUCUUUCGGUUGCUGUCAUCUGAUCAAUUAUCGCGAUCGUUCAAUCGGUUGCUAUCACUAUCUAAAACGAGGUCAAGAUCAGCUGAUCGGUUGGCGCGUACACGCAAUUCACCGAAUUGUGUUUUUUUCAAAUAAUAUAUAUAUAUAUUACAAUAACGAGUUAGAGAAUCUUAAAAGAGAGACUCAGAGUUAUAGAUCCUCCUGUAAGGAUUUCUAUAACGAGUAUAGGAAUAAAGAGACGCACGAAGUGAAAAUUCAACUAUAUUUUGUGAGAAUAGCAAAUGGCGUAAAGUGUAAUAGGAUACUAUCUAUUUUUCAUUGUCAGCGAAAAAUGAAAAUUCUUUCUCGUUACAAAAUUUCUUUUCGUAAAUAUCAAAUUGAUCUAAUUCUGCUUUGUUUAAAAUACAUAAGUAAGUUGCGAAUGUUAAUACGACAAUCGAGUUUAUUAUGAAUAAAAUGUUCAUCGAGAAAUCUAUGGUGGAAGAUGUUCUCUCGAGAAGCAUUUUCAGAGAAUGAGAAGAACGAAGUUAUCGCGAAAUUUAACCAUCGGAUGAUGUUGCGUUUGCGAUGUUGAUGAUAUAUAGUAAAUAUGAUGUAUAAUCGAUUGAUUUUCCUGAAAUGAAAGGAAGCUAAGCGGAAAUCUCGGUUGCCCAUAUUUCGAUUAGUGAUUUUUGAAAAAGAUGGUCCUUCUGGUAUCAGAAGGAAUUAUGUCGUCGACAAUACAAACGCAUGUGAGUCUGAAUGCGCGCAAUCCCAUCGUCGACGUCGGCGAGACCAAUAAUAUCGUGAGCAGUCUAAUGAAUGCGAAUAGUCUGCCGUUGAUACCGAGGCGAGUUGUUGGUAUAAUCGACAUUGUUAACAACGGAGAAGUGCUACGACGUAGCAACGAUUGCAUGUCACCUCCACCAAAAAAAAAAUGGAUACGGCAUUAUUUGCUUGAGGAGGAACCUUUAGAAAACAACAGGACGAAUCAAUCGAUUACAUCACGAGAGAAUUCUGCAGUCUCUAAUACGCGAGCCACCGUGCCGUUAUCAACUGGAUCGAAUUCUGUUCAGCUAACUGCACUUCACUCCACCUCUCAUCAUCAUCAUCAUCACCAUCACCAUCAUCAUCAUCAUCACUCGCAACAGUUACAACAACAACAACAACAUCAACAUCACAAUCAUAGUGAACAUCAUAAUACAUCUAACCAUUAUGUGGAGAAUCAUAAUCCGAAUCAAUCUCAACAAAGUGUGGGCAACCUCGUUGUCGAUGUUGAAACGAACCACGAUAAUAAGAAACAUCGGAGUGGACCAUGCGUAAUUCGAUCUGGUACGAGGGAAGUACACAAUAAGUUGGAGAAGAAUCGUAGGGCGCAUCUCAAAGAAUGUUUUGAGAUUUUGAAGAAGCAGCUACCAUCGCAAGAUGAGAAGAAAUCUUCGAAUCUUUCUAUUCUUCAUGCGGCGAACAAAUAUAUACGGGCAUUGACAAAGAAAGACCAAGAUUAUGAGCACGAGAUGGAAAGACUUGCGAGAGAGAAAAUCGCGGCUCAACAAAAAUUGAUGGCACUGAAGAAGGAACUGAACGCGACUUGGGAUCAUAUCGACAUCAACUCUCUUCUGCUGGAACAAAAUUCAGGGACGGAUAUGACAAUUGCCAAAAAUGAAAGUGUAGAAGUUGAUGUUACCGGACUCCCACGAGGUGGUACAAGAUAUAGUAGCACGAGUAGUCUGAACAGCGUGACGACAGUUAGCCCACCGCAAACAUUGCAAUCCACUAAUACGACUUCCAAUAUCCAUAAUCAAGCCGCAAGUUCUGGUGCUGUUUGUCAAGAUGUAAAUCUCACACGAGGUUCCAGAGAAAGUCCGCCCGCGAAUUCAAUGUCUGGAGCAGCACCUACAUCUAGCAUUCCUACUCCGCAGGAAAAAAUCGCUACAUCAUCCACGGCUAAUAUAGUGCAGCAAUCGCAUCAGCUACACCUACCUAUUAGCGCUCAAAUGUUGAACACGAGUCAGGGUCUUGCAACUAUUGUGCCGACUUUGCAGCACAUCGGACCGGGGCUUAGGGUGGUACCGAGUGAUACACGGCAGCUCUUGGUCACCCAUACCGCUGGCAAUAAUGAACCUCGAUCGCUGACAUUGGCAGUUCAAAACUCCUCAGAUCAAUCUAGGCCGCCGUUAAUCGCUGUGCAAUCAAACACUGGAAAUGAGCCAAGGCCCGUGGCACUAGUCGUUCAUUCGUCUACCGCCAAUGAUAGCAGAGUAACAUUUGUACACUCUAAUCUGUCCAAUAAUGACAGGCCACUGGCUUUGGCCAUGCAAUCGACCGCGAGUGAUGUUAGACCUGUCACAUUUGUGCACUCGGGGAACGAAGGCCGGCCAUUGGUUCUCGCCACACAUUCACCUGCGCUGAAUGUGUCAAAUACUCAAACGAGAAUAAGAACGGGUGACGCACAGACUACACAUAAAAUGGUUAGUGGCGUAACGCUGGUCGGAGGCAAUGGCUCGGAAUUAGCAAGACUUCCCGGUGGUGCGGAACUGAAUAUACUUCCAGCAAAUGGAUUAACUUUAAGCCAUGCAGGAGUGUCGCUUCAAACUACUACGGGAAAAUCAGGCUCGACAAUGAUGCAGAACGCUUCUACCACAGAAAGUAUAGCCCAUAUCGUUGGUCAGCACACGCCUCUUUCCGGUUUGACUCCAAUCGUCACACCGAUGACAGUCGUCUCUCAGGGUAAUCAGGUGACCGCUCACAUCCUAGCACCGUCUAGCCUAGCAGGGAAGAUGAUUACCACUCCGAUUCUCAAGUCCGUAGGACAAAUGCCGCUCGUGAAUGCUCAGUACCUUAACACCACAACUUUAGUGAAACCUGUUGUCGUGGUGAGUUCGUCAACAACAACGCUACCGUCGACGACGGCUUCCAGUACACAACCUCCGUCAACUUCGAACUCGACUGUCUGACGAUAUCAAGGAAAAACGAAAUUAAUCUGAUUGUGUUGGAAUGUCAAAAUAUGGAUUGUCGGAAUUUUUAAUCGGAGUCUUUAUGUUCUUAAAUAAAUAUAUUUUUUGUUAUUUGUUGAAA